AUGGCUAUUGUAGACAAGCCGUGGGCACGUCUUGCUCUUAAUAUCGUUGGCUUCAUUUCCAAUUGCUAUGGUUUCUCGGUUGUUGGCGUCUUCCCACCCGAAAUUGGGUUUGGUGGCAUCUUCCAAUUCCUUACCAUGAUUGGUCUGAGCGUGGCAACGCUGGCGUUUGCAUUGAAAAUCUUGCGUUUUGCUGUUCCUGGUGCCCUGGAAGGGUUCUAUCGUCACAUUGCCUAUGUGGCUACACCUAUGGAAGGUUUAAUCACAUUGUUGUAUUGGCCCAUGGUACUCUACAGCCGUGACCUACUUGCAGACCAAGAGAUGCCUUUUGAGUUACCAUUGACAUUGGAUAUGGCGUUGCAUUUUUGGCCAGCUGUGUUGUUAUGGAUCGACUUUUUGGUGUUCGAUGCCGAGUUUAAACGAUCCAAGGCCCAUGUGCUCACCAUCUAUGUAUUCACUGUCAUUUACCUUGGCUGGUCCACUUAUUGCUUUACUCGCAAUGGCUUUUGGGUAUACCCAUUCCUUGCUGAAUUCUCUACCGUCGGACGCAUGACCUUUUUCAUGUGCUGUGGUAACCUUUGUGCCGGCAUGUAUGAAGCAGGCGCUUACAUUCACUCUAAACUUCAUGUUCCCAAACCCAACAUCAAGGCAAAGACCCAAUAA